CUGCAGUCAAAGUACGAUCCAGAGCUAGCUGCCGAACUGACCAAGUGGGUGUCUAGCAUCAUCGGAGAGGACCUGCCUUGUACGGGCGAUAAGAAAGAAUUCCACACGACUUUCAGAAAUGGCGUCGUACUCUGCAAGCUGGCUAACGCCAUCAAGCCGCAGUCGGUGAAGAAGAUCAACCAGGGUAACUCUCCGUUCGUCUUCAUGGGGAACAUCGAGGGAUUCCUCAAUACGAUCAAGAAGAUGGGAGUGCCUGACCAGGAGACGUUCCAAACGACGGAACUCGUAGAGGGAACAAACCUGUACGCUGUACAGUGCUGCCUAUACUCGUUAGGAAGGAAGUGGCACAAGAUAAGGCAUUCCCGGGAUUCCGUCCACAGCGAGGCGAAGGCGAAAACAAGCGGAGAUGUGAUCGGACUCCAGAUGGGAAGCAACAAGGGGGCGACCCAGUCUGGACAGAGCUUCGGCAACACGCGCCACAUGUAA